CUCCCCGCAAAGGCAGCGAAGAUGGCCGGAUCUCUCCGGCGUGAUGUGUGCUUGCGACGGCGGAGGAAGGCAUCUACCGUCAGGCUGGCCAUCGGGCUGCUCCUGACCCUGCAUCAGUCGCUGGCCUAUCAGGUGCGCAGGUGCAACCGCAGUGACUCAUGAGCCGAUGACAAUAUGCAACGCCCUCUCAUCUGUGCUUGUGUGGAUUGCUUCUCUGCAGCUGCUGGAGCUCGUCAAGGUGACCCACUUGAGAGCUCCACUUCGGUCGUGCAAUCUGCUUUGUUGGUUUGAUUGUCUGUCUGGCUCGAGCGGUGCAGCUCUACGGUCGUCUGAGUGAGCAUGACUACUCCCUGGGCCACAGGGACGAGUACGGCAAGGUGCCAUGGCCCGAACCUUACGCGACAGGUAGAAGGACCAGUUAGCAAUGAGAGCGCAUUCACGCCUGCAUUAUGUGUGUGUGUGUGUGUGUGUGGAGUGCAGGCAUCUCGAAGGUGGCCCGCAGCGAGAUCGGCUACGCCCUGUCUGAGGGCGGCAGCGCCAGCCGACCCCUCUACAAGACGGCAAACUGGUACCCACCGCCACGACAUCCACGCCGUCACCUGCCUGGAUGUGGUGCUUUCUGCCUGCAGGGAUCUGCUGUUCGGGGAGGACCUAGAGGGCUCAUCGGAGGCCAGUAGCCGGGGUGGUGGCAGGGGCGGUGGAGGUGGCGGGGGAGGGGGAGGGGGCGGCGGGUCGCGGUCAGCUCUAUCGGCUUUGAGUGCCAAGAGCCGGCUGACACGGGACCAGUUCCACGCCCGAGUGCCCUAUCUGCCAUUCAAAUGGGUAUGCAGCCGGGCAGGGCAAGCAACAGGACGGAAGAGCCAGCCAUGUGGUCGAUGGGUGUGUCUUGUCUGUCUGUCUGUCGGUGUGGUGUGGUGUGGUGUGGUGUGUGUGUCCUGGAUGGAUGAGUGCAGCCUCUUGAUCGGUCGGGUCGUUUGCACCGUGUGUAUGAGGAGGUGGCCGAGCGGACGGGAUACGACACAUCCACCGAAGGCAGACAGGUGAGGGACCAAGCUGGGGCAACAGACACGAACAUGAGCCAACAGACCAAUGUCUGUCUGUCUGUCCUUUGUCUGUCUCCACCACACAGGGUGUGAAUGUCUAUCUGAGCGGCCCAUACAUCUCCGCUGAGGCGCUCGACUCCGUCUUUGAUGCGUAUCACUGAGAGAAAGGGGGCCGCCAACAGCGGCCGCGACGCGGCAUUCUGUGUGUGUGUGUGUGUGUGUGUGUGUUUGGUCAGUUUCGCUGGCGGCAAGAACUGGUUGAGCAAAGAGGAGUUCAACCAGCGGCUGAUGGAGUGGGCGGCGGACGGAUCAGUGCCCAACGGCCACACCACACACAGAUCAAGUAUGGGCAGACGGACGGACCAACACAUGACGGAGGACUUGACGGCGUUGUCUGUGUCUGUCUGUGUGUGUGUCUGUUGUCUGUCUGUGAGCACACAGGGGGCUGCGUUGACGUGUGGUGUCUGUUGAAGCAUCUGGCGGUGAAGCCCCACGACCUGCGAGCGUAUGCCCUCAGCCCGGCCGCCGUCAACCACGCCAGCACGACGGCCGACGAGUAGACAGAAAACGAUGUAUAGUGCAAUGCAGACCGAUACAG